CGGACGACUGCUGGUUAGUUUGUGCUCUAGAUUAUUGUUAAGGUUGUGUGGAGUAUCACUACGGACUUUGGCCUUUUAUCACAACAUCAAAACCGCCCAUUUGACAACAUUGAACAGAAGGACUAACAAAUGCUAUGAAAAAUGCACUAUUUCCGACAAAUAAUUCGACGCUUGAAGAACGCAGACAGGGACUGAAAUGGAUCCCAGAAGGCCAGCUCCUGACAACACAAAUAAACCAACAAUCAAGCGAUAAAACAGUUCUCUAUAAGCUUGUAUUUAAACUAAAUGAUAUUUUAAAAAACUCCACCAAGCAUCAGCAAUGGCUCCAUCUGCCAUGAUUACAGCAAAACAACGAGAAAACUGAGACCCCUGCUACUGUCCAUCAUCUCUCACUGGGUGUAAUGGCCAACACUGUUGCUAAUCUGGUUGUGCAAACUGACCUCCUACCUUCGCAGACAUCCUCCUCCCUGUCUUCCUUUCCUUCUCUCCUUCCACCAGUCGAGGAUGGAGAGAAGGGAGAAGACGAGGAGAAAGAAUCGGGAACAGUUGUACUCACGGGUGAUAUUGUGACACCAUCAACAGUGACUCAAACUCCAGAGCACCCAUUUCAAUGUUUAGACUGUGGAAAGAGUUUUAAGUGGUCCUCUAGACUUGCACAUCAUCAGAGGAGCCAUAACAAUGAGAGACCAUAUCGCUGUAACAUCUGUCCCAAGGCCUUCAAGGGCUCAUCUGCCUUGCUUUACCACCAGAGGUCUCAUUCUGGAGAGAAGCCCUACAAGUGUGAUGACUGUGGUAAAGCAUUCAAGCGGUCCUCUCUUUUACAGAUUCAUCGCAGUGUGCAUACAGGUCUUCGCACUUUCCAGUGUUCUUACUGCCCUUUGACCUUCAAAUGGAGCUCACACUACCAAUAUCACCUUCGCCAGCACACGGGUGAAUGCCCAUACCCGUGUGACAGCUGCUCCAAAGCCUUCAAGAACUCCAGCAGUCUGCGUCGCCAUAAAAAUGUACACCUAGGCUUCAAGCCUUACGUCUGUGAUGUCUGCAAUAAAGCCUUCAGUCAGUCUACUAAUCUGCGGCAGCACAUGCGCAUACACACGGGCGAACGUCCGUAUGUCUGCGGAGAAUGCGGGCGUCGCUUUACGCAUUCAUCCAACUUGGCGCUGCAUCGCAUCUCUCAUGUAGAAGGAAAGAGGAAGGGUGCUGGAAAAGCUGGAGAAGCGGGCUCAGGCUCUGCUCCUACACAGGUGGAGGUGGUGCUGACAGAAGAUUUGAACACCGUUGGAAUGACCCUUUCUGAAAUGGUCGGCCUCGUAGGUGGACAGGAGGGUGGAGUCGGGCAGGUGUAUCUGUCACACAAUGCAACCUCGCUCGCUACCUCAGGCACGACCAAUCAAAACCUCCUGCCACAGCUUACUCUCACACCCACUUCCUCCAUAGCCACAGAGAAUAUGCAGAUGAGCAAUAUGGGCACUGGCAGUAAUGUCUUGCUUUUUAGCUGUGGCAGCUGUAAUGAGACAUUUUCAACACAUAAUCAUCUUGAGGAGCAUCAGGCUCUACACCUAGAUAGCCUGGGGUCAGGAGGUGGUGGAGAGGUUGUGACAGAAAAUAGCACCGAGACUGAAGGGGGUGGUGUCUCGCUGGUGGGGUCCACUCCAUUAUUAGCAGACUUUGAGGAGGUUGUUGAAACAACCACAGUUGCAGAUGAUGGGCAGGGGACAGAGAUACUUGGUCUGGAUGGGGUAAGAGAUGAGGGGCAAGCUCAGUAUGACAUUCUGCAGAGCUUCACUGCAUCUGUGAGUCAGAUGUCCUCUGUUUCCAAUGCGCCAAGCUCACAAUCCAAAAUAGAAUGUGCAUAUUGUGGUAAGAGUUUCAAGACCAGCAGUGGACUGACAAGACACAUGGCACAGUCCCACCCUCUUGCUCUGUCUGAGUCCCGCUCUCAAUUCAGCUGUUCGGCGUGUGAUCGAUCCUUCCCGCUACUCUCUUCCCUGCUCACCCACCAGCACUCCCACACGCCUGAGCAGAGACUGCUCGCUGAGGCGGAGGCAGAGAUUGUCUGUCCCUCUCUUUCACUGCCACUCUCCUCCUCAAAGAAAGGAGAUGGAGAGAGAGAGAUCCAUGUCAGUUUAAUUGCUGUGACUGAGGAGGGAGAGAGGCAAGCUGUGAAGCCAGCUGCCAAAGCAUCAGGAAAGGGAAGCAAGAGAGGUGGCAGCAGCAAGACAUCUGCUUCAAAUAAUGAGAGGCCAUAUCGCUGCUCUGAAUGUGGGAAAUCAUUUAAAGGCUCAUCAGGACUUAGGUACCACAUGAGAGAUCACACUGGUGAGAGGCCAUAUAGAUGCACAGAGUGUGGCAAGAGCUUCAAAAGGUCAUCACUGCUUUCCAUACACCAACGGGUCCACACAGGAGUCCGGGCUUUUCAAUGCCCCUACUGUCCGCUGACUUUUAAGUGGAGCUCACACUACCAGUACCAUCUUCGCCAGCACACAGGUGAGCGUCCAUAUGUAUGUCAGGAAUGUGGCAAGUCUUUCAAGAACACCAGCUGUCUACGUCGCCACAGUCAGCUCCAUUCUGGUCUACGGCCCCAUGCUUGCUCGGUGUGCGGUAAAUCCUUCUCUCAGACCUCCAACCUCAAACAGCACGAAAGGACACACUCUGGAGAAAGGCCUUUCCAGUGCCCCCUUUGCAAAAAGAGCUUUACACACUCAUCCAAUCUUCAGCUGCACGAACGCACACACUCCUCACGCAAGGACUUCAAGUGCCAACACUGCGGAAAAGAGUUUGUCAUGCUGUCCUACCUGCAGAGGCACUUGAGGACUCAUACUUCAGGAGGCGCAGUGGUGUGUACGAAGGAGGCGGGAAAGGUGGCUAAAGGUGGUGUUGCUUCAGAAGCAUCAAUGUUGAGCUUAAACAUGAAUGUACCUGGAGGGCUUACCUCACUGUUUUCCACUGAUAGUAAUUCCACAUUAAUUGUUUCACCCCCAAAUCUAGACAUACCUCCUAACACAUCACAGAAUUACUUCAUGAUCCAGACAACUUCAGGACUGCAGCUGAUCCCGCUGUCUAAUCCCACACCAACACAGCCAGCCCCACCUCCUCCACCCCCUCCUCCUCCACCACCCCCACAGGCACAACAUUUCUUGCUGCUUCAGUGCCCGUCCAGCAAUGGAAACCAGCCUAGCCUGAUCCUGGUCCCCACAGCGUCCAAUACAAACACUAUUUCCACACCAUCAGAACCACAAACUCUCCCCUUGGUGCAGACCUUUCCAGCAUUGCCCCAACUUUUGGCCCCUACCCAUACUCAAAUCCGGCCAUUUCAACCAGUUCAGGCACAGCAGAGAUUUAUUUUGGCCAAUAAUAAUGCUUCCCUCAUUUCUGCCCAGCCCCAAAGUACAUCAACUAUUGUUCGUCCCAUUUUAGGCAGCCUUAGUCGUACCAGAAAAGGAAGCACUAGACGUGGACGGAGGACCAAAGCUGCUUCCCAAAAGCCCCCUCCUUCUGUUCUAGUCAAGCAACCAGUAAAAUCAUCAGAUGCCUCUUCCACGUCUACAACAAUUCUCGUUCCCACUCCUGUUGCUUCCUCAACAGCGGCAUUCCAGCAGCUAAAUGCUGGUGAUCCAUCAUCUGUUUCACCUGUCAGCUCUGGUCAAGUACCUGAAAAACCUUCCAUCUCUGCAGUGGACAUUAUAUCAGUAACCCCAAAUUCUACACCAACUGACAGUUCAGCCAUCCUGAGAGGUGAUCCAAAGAGUGCUCUAGUUGGGGAGAAACCUGUCAAUGAAAUCUCAAGGGAGCACUUUGUUCUGUGUUUAAAGAAAGAUACGGAUGAUUGUGAACAAGGGGAUGGGAUGGCAGUCAAGGGAGGCAGUGAUGCAGGGAGAUCAUAUGUUUUACAGAUUGAAGGUGAGGGGCAGCAAGUAGAUGGAGGGAAUAGUGAGGGAGGAGAGAAGUCAUAUGUGCUUCGUUUUCAGACAGAGGAAGAACAUGAGGGAGAUGAAGGUAAAGAUAAGGGUGAAAUGGUCUCUCUUAACUUACUCCAAGAAUGGGCAGGACAAGCCGGAGGGCAUGGAAAUGCAGAUGCUGAUGGAGGUGUUGAGAAAUCAUUUGUACUUCAUUUCCAAACUGAGCCUCGGUGUGAAGAUGAAAUUCCAUCAAGCUCGGGCUUCAUAGGAGGUCCAGGUGAAGAUCUCGGCCUGUCCUGCCGUCCUGCUCAAGCCUUGGUGCCUCUGGACGGGCAAGAUGUGGUAUUUGAGCUGAGUGAUGAAACAAAAAUGCAUGAAAGCACAGGUCCUGGAGACAGCGUUCAAAUGAUUGCACUAAUUGAGGAAGAGGACGACAGCUCUGAAGCAAGAGCCAGUUUUAAGGGAGCUGUUGGCUCAAACUCUGGAUCUAUGGAGGGAGUCUUUCAGCUAGAGGGUGGAGAGGGAAUUGUUAUAAUUGAAGUUAGCACCAGCAGUUUGGGAGAGAGUGGAAUGGAAGUAGGACACACUUUAGUGGAAGGAAAUGAGGAAAAGCAAGCUAAUGACGAUGCACAAGAGGAAUUCACAUCAGAGGGGCUGAAAAAUUCUGAGGGUGAGAGCAUAUCGUCUUCUGAGAUGAGACUGAUUGGAACUUAGGGCAGAGUAUAAAAUAAAUUAUUUGUUUACUGCAUCAUUAUGAUACAGAAAUCAUGUCAACUAAUGGUUUACAUUCUAAUUCUAAUGCAUUUUAACAGUUAUCGGUGUUUAACAGUGUUGUAGCUGUAGGACCAACACUGGACCUACAAGAAUCUUGGAUUUUACAUCAAUUAAUAGACUUUUCCCUUGCACAAGUAGACUUCUUAAGAACACAGUGUCUUUGUCCUCAGCUGUUUUUUUCCGUAGACUGCAUUUUGGGGGAAUAAGCAUAUUGCUUGAAAGUAACAGUUGUUCACCUGGCCCCUACAGGGAGCUGUUCCACGAACCACAAUCAUGAAAUACAGUUCAUUUAAAAAUAAUUGUUUCUGAUUGAAGGAAAUGCCUGGUUGUCUUGUACAUCCAGGGUGCACUGAAGAAAAUGUAUAAACUAUUAUGAAACUAUUUACAUCUGUAUAAAGUUAACUUUUGUAUAUAUGUGUACUGUUGGUUUUUAUUCUUAAUAUUGGUACUAGACAAUUACGAAUCAGUUACCAAUAAAAAUAGGUAUGAAUGUCAAUAUUUGUGUUUGCUGUUUAACGCAUCUCUUAAUAAAAUAUGUUAUUAUUUACUUAA